AAUCUGUUGUAUUGUACUGAAGAAUUUGGCACUGUUGAGAAAAAUACAGGGCAAUAAUUUCGGAUGUACGUACCUAUUCUAUUUUCGCUUGCAACCUGGAAGCAUUUUGCGGACAAGAAAUGUGGGGUGUAUGGAAGCAUUUCAAAAUAGCGAAAACGAUGCAACCUCCAAUAGCAGUAACUCCUGGAAAAGUGCCAGUCUUUGUUUUUCCUCAAAGUAUUACAUUCUUCCUAGAUGAUCAGUCAACCCACAAACAGGUCUUGACCCUAUACAACCCCUACGAUAUACCAAUCAAAUUUAAAGUGCUAAGUACUGCGCCCAAUAAAUAUAAAGUUGUGGAUCCAGAGGGGAUAAUUAAGGCGCAUUGUUUUGUUGACAUAGUUGUGCGACAUACAGCCCUCACAAUAGCCAACUGUAAUGUGGUGGAUAAAUUCAGAAUAAAAAUGCAAGAGCAUCCAACAAAACAGGGAAUAGGAAAGCGAGAUGUGGAGGCAAGGCUGCUUAGUGGAACUGAGACUUCCGAGAGGACAAAUUUAGAUCAGGAAAUGUUCCAACAUUUACCUAGUAAUGAGGGAAAACAGCAACAUUCUUAUGCACUGACUUCACAGAACAGAAACAUUGAGAGAGGAACUAAUUAUGUGGCAUUGAUAGCUGGCUUAGUUUGCAUAGCAGCAUUAUUGUUGCCAACAGAAGGAGAGCGGAGUCCUAGAAUUCCAGACUAUUUGCACCUUUCCAUUAACUUCAAACUCAUAUUCUCGUUCGUGUUAGGUAUGGUCACAAUAAUUGUACUAAGGCUAUAAUGUGAAAUUAUUGAUAAUUUUUUUGGAGACAAAACUUUUAACAAUUACAGAGGAAAUAAUAUAUAUAUAUAUUCUAUGUAUAUUGUAUGCACAAUUAAUGUAAGAUUUUUGCAAGUAGUUUUAGAGGGGAAAAUUUUUUCACAGGUAUGCCUGGCACUAGUCCAUAAAUUUAAUUUUUUUUUUCAUCACCUUUGUUGUUAAGUGAGGUAUUGGUUCUGGUUGAAAAUGACUUUUUCGAAUUUUAAUAGAUCUACGAUUUCAAACCCUUAGUAUUCGAAAACGGCGACAUGAAAAACUCUGAUGCCGGUUUUUCAGAUAAAUGGUUUUGUAGGAACAAUUCGAUAUCGUGAAAAGUCGUAUUAUCAGUAAUAGUAAAUUUUUUUAAAUCAAAAUAGUGGAAGGAAUUCAAAGAAUUAAUUAUCUGAUGGACAUGAAAUUUUGUGUAUUCGGGUUUCGGGGAAAGACCGUUUUUAACGGCUUCAUUCUAAUAGUCUUGAGAAAUCGAUAAUUACGCAUGUACAGAGUGUACUGUAGUUUUAUUACCGUAUGUUUUACAUACAUAAAUAACAGUGUACAUUGAUUUCCAGACUAUUCAUUUUAAUACGAUUUUGGAUGUAUUUCAUUACUCUUUAUUGAUAUACCGUAAUUUUUUAAUGCUGCUUAAAGUACGUAUAUUUUUACCUGUAAAAUUAUUUAUAUUUCAACUUUAAUGUAAGUAUGCUAUGAGUGAUCCUAAUCAUAGACAACUAAACUAACCGUAAGUUUGGAAGAUAUGGUAUCUCCAACUGAAUACUGAGAGUCUUAGUCAAGUACAUAGCUUGGAUUUUACAGAUAUACCUAUGUGCGACAGCAUAUGAAAGUCAUUUCAGAUAAUUCAAUCGAUUAUUUGCAUUGAAUUAGUAUUUACGUUCUAUUUUACACUCCUCGAAAAUGUAGGGAUGUAAAAUGACUAUUUCUAUACCUGUAAAUCCGUAAAACCAAUCCGUUCUGGGGAAAAGCUUUACCUCGUGAGUAAUACUUCUUCCUUAUUAAACUCUUUUGCAUAUCUUACGUACACAUACGGGUGUGAUCAGAGAAUAGUGUGCUAAACAUACACGCCCAUCUAUAAACGUGUGAAGUUUAAUUUCAAGAACGUUUUUGCACUGCAUUUGUGUACGUAGUAUGUAUACUGUGCAUUAGAUAAUAAAUAUUUAUACCACUAUAAAAUAUUGUGUUCUGAAAGAAAGACUGACUAUAAAGCCAAAAAAAAAAAAAAAAAAAUAAAUGAAAAAUUCGUUGAACGCUGUUUUUCCGCUCACGCAUGUGCUCAUGAAUAUGCUAAAGCUUUACUUAGAGACAUCUAGAAAAUACAGGAUCUCGUACUGUGAGGGUAAUAUAAUGGAGUGGGAAACAAUCUACUAAGGGAAAAUUUUUAAAAAUUUAUAUUAUACAUUUACAGAGAGGUAAACAGAACAAUGCUAUAUUAUUUUCUAUACAAUAAAUAAGAAUCGUUUGUUGCCGUCUGUUUACGUGGUGUGGUAAAUCCAUGCUGCAUUAUAUUUUCUUUCGCAUUCACACAUAAUCUUAACUUUCGGGAUUUGCACACCGCUUAAUCCUUGGGAGUGCAGGAAAAAAUUGGCUCGUAUUUACAAUACGAAAAAAUGUGCUAAGUAGGGCGUGAUUGAUGUCAAUUAAAAUCGACCACGGAAUCAUUUUUGUAAUAUUCGUUAAACAGUAGUUCAAGAAAUGCAAAAUCAAGGUAAUGCUUUUGACAACGAAUACGAGUCCCCCCCAAUCAAUGAAUCAUACGUGAUUCCAAAAACCAUGAAUGACAAUUAAAUGUUGGCCAAUGUAUUACUAUUUACAUCGAUUAGUCUGAUUGAAACUCUGUCUUCUAACUAGUAAUUAACACUUACACAUCCAUGAUACGUUAGAAGCUAAUCAGUAAUCAAAGUUACAGUUUAAUUGUGUGUUAAACCAAUCAUCAUUUUGGUGCAUGUCUAAUAGUGAAGGAGUCCGACAAUCAAUAUUCUUCAAAAAUGAUUAAUCAAAGUUCCAAAAUUCAGAUUAGUCUGAUGAAAUGAAAUGAGAAUGUAAUUCAAUGAUGCGAUAAAAAGUUCUUCUGCUAACAGUUCAUAUGAAACGUGAUUGAAAUGUGUGAUAAUUGAUAUAAAAAAAAAAGACUUAAGGUAAACAUAUAAAAAUAUAUAGAACAAUUGCAUAAUUAAUGAACAGCACAAUUAAUAAACGCAUCCAACAGAUUGAUAAUUAAUA